AUGACCAAAUUAUUCAUCACCGGUGUCACAGGCUACAUCGGCGGCGACUCCCUAGCCACGCUGGUUGCCAACCACCCAGAGUUCUCAUAUUCCGCCCUUGUUCGCAGCACCGAAAAGGCAGAACGGGUGAAGGCCCAGUACCCGUUUGUCCGCAUCGUAAUCGGAGACCUGGACAAUUCAGCCUUGCUGGAGCGAGAAAGUGCUGCCGCAGACAUCGUGCUGCACACUGCGGACGCGUCAGAUCAUGUAGGAGCCGCAAAAGCCAUUAUUGCCGGUCUGGUAGCUGGCCACACCAAGGAAAAUCCAGGCUACUUGCUACACACCGGAGGAACUGGCAUCCUGACAUGGGAGGACAGCGACAAAAACGAAUACGGAAAUAGAAGCGAUCACGUGUAUAAUGACUGGGAUGGGGUGGAUGAAUUACUCAACCUGCCAGAUCACGCAUUUCAUCGGAAUGUUGACCAGCUCGUCCUCAAUGCUGGAACCCAGCAUGCCCAUGUGCUCAAGACGGCACUCGUUUGCCCGCCUACAAUCUACGGCAAAGGACGAGGUCCAGUUAGCCAACGCUCACGUCAGGUAUACGUAUUGGCGAAUAUGACGCUCCGGCUCCAGAAAGGCCCGAUAAUCGGCGCCGGCCAGUCUAUUUCGCACCACGUCCACAUCCACGACCUGAGUGACGUCUACGGUCUUCUCAUUGACGCGGCAAUUGCAGGCCGAACUGAUGACGGGCUCUGGGGUCCGAAGGCCUAUUACCUUACCGAGAACGGGGAACACUGCUGGGGUGAGCUCGCUCAGGCUACAGCAGAGGCAGCUGUGAAACUGGGGUACCUACCUGAGGCAAAGACCGGGGCACUUGACCCCGACAGCGCCAAGAAUUAUGCAGGAUAUGAGUCUCUUAGUUGGGGGAUGAACUCUCGCGGUUGCUCGCAGCGGGCACGCGAGAUCCUGGGAUGGAAUCCAUCACGGCUCAGUCUGUUGGAUGAACUACCGGAGAUUGUUCGCGGCGAGUGGCAGCGACUGCAAGCAACUUCCUAG